AUGAACGGUAUGCGACCACCCAUGAACGGCAUGCCACCAAUGAACGGUAUGCGACCACCCAUGAACGGUAUGCGACCACCCAUGAACGGCAUGCCACCAAUGAACGGUAUGCGACCACCCAUGAACGGUAUGCCACCAAUGAAUGGUAUGCGACCACCCAUGAAUGGUAUGCCACCAAUGAAUGGUAUGGGCGGUAUGCCCGAACAAAUGGGCGGUAUGCCCGAACAAAUGGGCGGUAUGCCUUGGCAAAUGAACAACGGUAUGCCCGGACCAAUGAACGGUAUGCCCCCACAAAUGGGCGGUAUGAACGGACCAAUGAACGGUAUGCCCGGACAGAUGAGCGGUAUGCCCGGAGCAAUGAACGGUAUGGAAGUUCCUCUACCAAAUCCUUCAGGAAAAUGGGUUGAUCGGUCUAAAAUGAAUUUGGCACCCACUGGUACCCCGACACGUGGCGAUGCAGAUAGCCAAAGAUUCAAUUUGGAAAAAAUGAUGGCAAUGAGAAGAAAUCUUGAGCAUAGUCGUCAGAACAAAACAGUCAGACUGGGAAUGCCUCCACAAGGUCAUAUGCCACCUGGAAUGGGAAUGCGACCUGGAAUGGGAAUGCGACCUGGAAUGGGAAUGCGACCUGGAAUGGGAAUGCCACCAGGAAUGGGAAUGCCACCUCAAGGUCAGAUGCCAAAUGGAAUGGGAAUGCCCCCUGGAAUGGGAAUGCCACCACAAGGUCAGAUGUCCCCUGGAAUGGGAAUGCCACCUGGAAUGGGAAUGCCGCCACAAGGUCAGAUGCCACCUGGAAUGGGAAUGCCACCACAAGGUCAGAUGCCACCCGGAAUGGGAAUGCCACCAGGAAUGGGUAUGCCACCUAGAGGUCAAAUGCCACCUGGAAUGGACAAGAGUCACAAUAGCGGUUUCGCUAACGAAGUUAAGUCUAUGAUGACGCAGGAAGCUGGUAAUAUUAAAAGUAUGGUUGAGUUUGAAAAUCACCUGAGUACCGCCAGAAGAGAAAUACUGAAAGAGUUUUAUACAGAUCUGCUUACUAGUCGUGUUAUUGAUAAUGUUUAUAGAAAGAAAAUGACCGAUGAACUGAACGCUAUAAAAGCACUUGACAACCAAGUUGGCAUGGUAACUAGAAGUGCUAUGGCCGGUAUGGGUGCGCUAGAUUCCGGUAUGAUGGCUGGACCAGAGGGCAUGCUAGCUGGACCACCAGGAAUGAUGGGCCCACAACCAGGGAUGAUGGCUGGACCCGGAGGAAUGAUGAUGGCUGGACCAGGGGGAAUGGUGAUGGAGCCACCACAUGGAUUUUUGGGUAAACCACAAGGGAUGAUGGGGGGACCUCAACCAGGGAUGAUGAGGCCACCACCAGGUAUGUCGGGGCCACUAUCAGAAAUGAUGGCAUCACGACAAAGGAUGAUGGGACCACGCCCAGGCAUGAUGGGACCACGACCAGAUAUGAUGGGACCACGCCAAGAUAUGAUGGGACCACGCCCAGAUGGUGGGAUGGGAUAG